UUCCUGAAAGAACUUCAUAUCCACGAUAAACACGAAGGACGAGAUUUUGUUCGAAGAAGGCAAAUUAGAUUCAGCAGCACGUCUGGAAGAAGUUGCAUAUGUCUGACUCGUGAAAAGACCGGUGCUCCACUCUCAGCAAACAGUAAACAACGCCUACUGACAGUUUAUACAAGAUUUUUUGGGCUCGACAGGCUUCAACAGGGUGGAGUGUAUCAUCAGUAAAGACCUUUCAACAAGUUGUCGUCUUUGAUGGGAUUUGUUGUUUAACAUGCGUCUACACGGGUCAAUGAAUAUACUAGGAGCAGCAGUGUUGGUUCUGCUGGCCGGCUGUCGGCAAUGUGUCUCCACUGACACUCCACCGGAGGUCAGGCAGAACAAUAGUACUCUGUACGCAGCCUGCAAAAUGAGACCCAGCCCCUCACUCCCUGAAGGCCUGCCAAAAGUGUACGGUCAGGUGCUGUUUAAGCAGGAAUAUCCUGAGGGGAAACUCAAGGUGCUCCUUCAGUUCUGUGGCUUCCCCACAGAGAGCGCCCCAGUGCCCAGAGCGGUGCACAUCCAUCAGUUUGGAGACCUGAGCCAGGGGUGUGACUCCACUGGAGGCCACUACAACCCACACAGCGUACAUCACCCAGACCACCCUGGGGACUUCGGUAACUUUGUGGCUCAGAAAGGAAAAAUCAAUACGAUGAUAGAGUCUGAGGCCACGCUGUUCACAGGGCUGUCUGUGAUUGGAAGAGCCGUGGUGAUCCAUGAGAGGGAGGACGACUUGGGGAGUGGGGGAGACGCUGGGAGCCUGCUGAGUGGAAACGCAGGCCGGAGGCUUGGCUGCUGCAUCAUUGGGAUUUCUCCCCCCAGCCUCUGGAAUAUGAAGUAUGAGGUGUAUAAUAAACGUAAGCUUGUGGAUGCUGGCAUGUAGGGCAAUUAAAGAGAUUUCCCCUUGAUUAAAUCAUUGAUUGGAUCCAUUGUAUCCCUUGUGUGGCUUAUCAAAAAUGGUGGGAAAGUGUCUUGAGAAUUCAACUGCUCCAAAAAUAAAAUAAAUGCUCAGUUCCUUUAAUCCUUUGUGAUUUUCUGACUUUUCCUUAAACACCAUCGGUUUAAAUGUUUGUU